AUGUUGACCCGCUCGUCUACAGGAUGCUGGACAUGCAAGCGUCGUCGCAGGGGCUGCGAUAAGACCCGCCCGGUAUGUCAGAAUUGUGCGCAGCGUGGGCUUGAAUGUGAAGGGUAUGAGGUACGAUUACGCUGGGGUAGUGGAAUUGCCUCCCGUGGUCACUUCACCGGUGCGGAUAAGCCACUGAAGGAGAGUGUUCCUUCUAGGCCUAAGGGUCGCCAAAGAGAUCUCAACAGGGAAAGAAAGAGACUAGAAGCACUGUCUAGUGAUUCUAGCCCAUUCACCAGCCCCGUGAGAUCAGGCUCGAGUUAUCAUGAUGAAUCUCCGAAUAAUGAUCACGGCAUGAUUUCUGACGGGGAAUCUAUACCGUUUCGGCUACAGAGGUCUAAACAGGACGAGACCUUGUUCAGUGAAUUCAUGAAUGGGGGUAUCAACGUUCUUCAUGCUACCACUACUCGAGAUUCUAUGCUGCACCCUCGAUUACCUCAAUUAUGUCAAGAAUCCAGCGCCUUAUAUACAAUAUGUUUGGCUUUUCAAAUCUCCCUGUCAUCCGCCCAUUCCCCUCGUUUCAUGGAAUACUUUGACGCAGCACUAAGGGAAUUCCGAUCCGAACUGACCCGAAGCACCAUCCUGUCGGAUGGGACAUUAACAGCUGGGCUACUAUUGUGUACCAUUGGCCUGAUGCACGGUCUACCCUGGACCGUCCAUCUAGAAGGCAUGCAUAAUAUCCUCCAAAGCCACGGUCUCACUGAUAGUCAUUGCACAGCCACACGGACUCCAUUCCGCACCCACCUAGUUGAGGUGAUGGGGAUAAUGGACCUGCCAUUCUUCUCAGUUGGCCGCCAGACCCCCUGUAUCGGAAUCUGGCGCUGCUACUGCCAGCCCGCUACACCCAGGGAAGGAGUCGAGCCAGUGAGUGGCUUACCACGGACCCUCAUUGACCUAUUUGCCGGGAUCUGUAUCGAUACGACAGAACAGAGUUUCUGGGACUGGCCAGGCGAAGCGGGAAGCUUUCUACAGUGCUAUUUGUGGGAAGCGUAUCGCCUAGCAGGGAUACUGACUCUCCGUCGCCAUGCACGAGCGGAAGAGCGCCAGUCGCGAGAUAUACGCAGCUUCUUGGCGUGGCGCCAGCCGGUUGCGUGUCCGGCUGAUGCAACUAUGCUUGUAACUCGGAUCCUGGCGAAUCUUGAUGCGCUUCGCCUUGCAUGUUUGGAACGUCCGACUGAGGAUGCCUUUAUUAAGAAUGCAGUGUUGUUCCCUAUUGUUGUUGCUGGGUUGGAGGUUCCGCUCCUAUGUGAGAACCCGCAGUGGCAGUUGAAUAUUCAGAAAUGCAUGAUUGGGUGCCGGCAAGAUGAGAUUUUGUUGGAUAUACUGAAGGAAAUGUGGCAGAAGAGGGAUCCAACUCUAAGUGUUGAUGAUUUGGCCAGGGCCAGGGGUUUGGAAAUGGGAUUAAUAUGA